GGUCCGUGAGGCUUUUGAGAAGUGCUACUACCCAGGUGGACAUGAGGAUCCGGGAUUGAUCUGGAAUGGAAAUGUGCGAAUGUUCACGUGAAAAGUCAAUGGAAUUUUUGAGUGAAGUUUAUUAUGUGUGUAGGUUUUUAUAGAUCGCUGUGAAUGUGUGUCUUUCGUGUGACCAGUAUGUCGCUUCAGCGCUAAGUGGAAUUAAAUUACUUAAUUUGUAUUUUGGCAAACAAGGGUCCCACGAUGCUGCCUCUACUUGUCGCGUUGCUGGUGACAACUCUGGUCGCCGGUACACCGCAGAAGCCCAACCUGGACGCGAUCCUGAACCGCCGCACUGACGUCUACAUCGCUGGCUUCUUCCCCUUCGGCAAGGGAGUCGAGAACUCCAACACUGGUCGAGGGGUGAUGCCCAGCGUGAAGCUCGCGCUGGACCACGUCAACGAGCACGAGUCGGUGCUGCGAAACUACCGCCUGCACAUGUGGUGGAACGAUACUGAGUGCAAUGCUGCGGUUGGUGUGAAGUCAUUCUUCGACAUGAUGCACAGCGGACCGCACAAACUGAUGCUGUUCGGAGCUGCGUGCACGCACGUCACCGAUCCCAUCGCGAAGGCAUCCAAGCACUGGCAUUUGACCCAGCUGUCUUACGCGGACACCCAUCCGAUGUUCACCAAGGAGGCUUUCCCCAACUUCUUCCGCAUCGUGCCGUCGGAGAACGCGUUCAAUCUGCCGCGUAUACGGCUGCUGCAGCACUUCAACUGGACUAGGGUCGGCACCAUCUACCAGAACGAGCCAAGAUAUGCUCUGGCUCACAACCGCCUUCUAGCAGACCUCGACCACCAUGGCUUCGAUAUUGAAGAAACGCAGAGUUUCGCCACGGAAGUAAGGACAGCCCUCUCCAAGCUGAAGGAGAAAGACGUACGGAUAAUUCUGGGAAACUUCAACGAGACCUGGGCUGUCAGAAUCUUCUGUGAAGCGUAUAAACUGGAAAUGUACGGGCGCGCGUACACGUGGCUGUUGCUAGGCACGUACAGCGGGCGCUGGUGGUCGCGGCGCGCGCCCUGCUCCCGGCGCGAGCUGUCCGCCGCGCUCGACACCGCGCUCCUCACCGACCUGCUGCCGCUCGCCACCUCCGGCCGCGCCACCCUCUCCGGCAUCACUGCAAAAGAUUACCAAGUGGAAUACGACAGGAGAAGAGGAACAGAAUAUUCGAGAUUCCACGGAUACACGUAUGAUGGUAUUUGGGCAAUGGCCCUAGCGAUACAGACAGUCGCGCAGCGCGUAAAGCUGAAGUAUAAGGAGAAGACAGUCCAGGACUUCAGGUAUCGGGACAAGGAAUGGGAGCAGCUGUUCCUCGACGCCUUGAGUAACGUAACCUUCGAGGGGGUUACUGGCCCGGUCCGUUUCUAUGACAACGAGCGCAAGGCGUCAAUCCUGCUGAAGCAGUUCCAGGGCGACCAGGUGGGGGAGGUGAAGGUGGGGGAGUACUGCGCCGAGCGAGACCAUCUAGACCUGGCCAGCGGGGAACCCUUCAAGUGGCUCGGCAAGAACCCGCCCAAGGACCGCACGCUGCGGCUGAUCGAGCACACGCAGGUCAACAUCACCAUCUACUCGGUGCUGGUCUCCUGCUCCAUCCUGGGCAUCCUGCUUGCCACCGGCUUCCUCGCCAUGAACAUACAUUACAGGAAUCAACGCUACAUAAAAAUGUCUUCACCACACCUCAACAACCUGAUCAUCAUCGGCUGCAUCCUCAACUACUUGAGCGUCAUCUUCCUGGGCCUGGACUCCAGCCUGAGCAGCAUCGGUGCGUUUCCGUACAUCUGCACGGCGCGCGCGUGGCUUCUGAUGGCUGGCUUCAGCCUGGCCUUUGGCGCAAUGUUCUCCAAGACCUGGAGGGUGCACUCCAUCUUCACAGACGUCAAACUCAAUAAGAAGGUCAUAAAAGACUACCAACUGUUCAUGGUAGUCGGCGUAUUGUUGGGGGUAGACCUCGCUAUCAUGACAACAUGGCAGGUCUCCGAUCCCUUCUACAGGGCUACCAAGCAAAUGGAACCUUAUCCACAUCCAUCGAGUGAGGACAUCGUGAUCGUACAAGAGAACGAAUACUGCCAAUCUGAGAGGAUGACUAUAUUCAUUGGUGUCAUCUACGCGUACAAAGGACUGUUACUGGUAUUUGGUGCGUUUCUGGCGUGGGAGACUCGACACGUGUCAAUACCAGCGCUGAACGACUCCAAACACAUUGGCUUGUCCGUCUACAACGUGUUAAUCAUGUGUAUCAUGGGUGCUGCUAUAGCUUUGGUAUUGGCUGACCAUAAAGACGCGUUAUUCGUUCUGAUCGCCAUCUUCAUCAUAUUUUGUACAACGGCUACUCUGUGCUUAGUUUUUGUACCAAAGCUGCUAGAGCUCCGUCGCAACGGUCAGCCGGGCGCGGCGCCGUCCCGCAUCCGCGCGACGCUGCGGCCCGCGUCAACGCACGAGUGCCGGUCGCCGGGGCCGGAGCUGGAGCGACGCCUGAAGGAGCUGCGCCAGUACAACAACCGGUACCGCCGCACGCUGCAGGCCAAGGAGAACGAGCUGCAGAUGCUUUUAAGCAAGCUUGGAAGUGACGCUGGCUCUGAAUCUUCGACCACAAGGGAUUCCCGCUCCCCGGCCACACAGAGGACCAGACUCCCCGUCCCUAGGGAAAAUAUCAGCCAUCCCGAAACGAGUGACAUAACAUCAGUUUGCAGUCUGAGUGCUUCGGCUGGAGCUGAAGCUGAAUACAUAAACUUACAGAACCAACAAGCAGAAAAACCCAAACCUUCAGCUCCACCGGAACCGGUGAAAGAAGUUCCUCCGAAAGAACCCAAGAAAGAGCAGACCAAGAAUGUAUCGUUUAAAAACCAUUUGGACUACACCAGCCCACCGUCUUCCAAAGCAGUGCCAGAAAAGGAUCAGCUAGCUAAAUUGCCAUAUGGAUGGACUGCUGAGGAACCUUCAGAGCCUGCUGCAACAAAACCCAACAAGACACCUGAACCAGCGAAGGCCGAAGCUAAAACUAUCUCAGCUUUAAAGUCCAGUGACGCUCCCACAGUGAAAUCCGUGCCAGCUAAAGUCCAAGAGCCCAUGUAUACUAAAGCAGCAGCACCGAAAAUUGUAAAGACUCCUGAACUCCAAAAGAAAGUGGUUAAGUCCCAAGAAUCAGUAUCGAAGAGCACUCCGUCUCGGGAGCAGAGGUCCAGGGGUCACCGCCGCACCUCCAGCGUCAGCCAGGGCUCAAUGCUGGCCCAGCUCGUGCACAACGACGACGUGCCGCCCGUCAUAGAGAGGACGGUCAUAGGACAAGAGAGAGACCCACCACCUCCAACGAAGCACAAACAAGAACCAGAAGAUAUACUGGACACAGAUCUCGACUAUUCUUCAGCAGAGAAACGAAAGUCAUGCCAAAGAAGAGAUUCGGAGAGAAGAAAGAAAGAGAACUUUAUCGUGGUGCAGAGUGACCUGUGGGACACGAACACAUUCCAAUACACGUGCCAGAAGUCCCCGCCUGCCACCCAUCACCAUUCUCCGAUGCAGAGAAGUGUGUCGGAGAAAAGUCGCCAGCAAACAUCACCACAUCAUCACAGAGAAACAGAUAGCAGGAGUAAUGAAAGGAGAGCAUCCAACGCUUCUAUAAAUUACGCUGGCACAACAAGAGGUGGAACGCCUGAAGGCUACAGAGAAGCAGAAACGCUCAGAAUGACAGACCGACUGGCAAAGCGACGGGGCUCCGAAUUCCCUCAGCCAGUGAGCAUGCCGCCUCAUCAGAAUCAAGCCAAACGGAGACAGUCAUCUGCUCAAGUAAGACCUAAUCCAGACGAAAGGGUAGACAAACCCGACCCCUCCCGUGUCGAGGAGCCCCAUCAGGUGGUCUCCCCCCCUCCCCCUAAAGACUACAAACCUGACCCCGACACCAUCCGCGUGUGCCGAAACCAGGACUCCCCUGCUAGGAGACAGGAAUCCCCCAGGAGGCUGCGACAUGAAGCAGAGCCUUUGAAAAGAGCCAAAGGGGAUUCCCCGCGGCUAAGCCACGCCCAUCAACCCAGGCCUGACCAUCACAAGAGCAGUCCUAAUGUGGCUUCCAGGCAUAAAACUGGAUCACCAAGUACGAGGGAGGAAAGGAAGUCUGCCAAUUACAGUAGAAGCGACUCAAAACGCCAGGAUUCAGUCGAGCAGCGUAAAAUGUACACUGCCAGCUCAGAAUCCGAGCUAUUCGAAUGCGCCAUCUUGCCGAUAUUCCACAAACUGCUCACGGAACGCCACAAGAGUCAACCGCACGGCCUCAACCUCAGCUACGGCGUCAGCUGCCCUAAUAUAUCAAUCAAAUGCGAUAUUGUCGAGUAUUUGUAACGUAGGUACUGCAGUAUUUUUUGUAAAUAUUAGAUUGUCCAACUUAUAAUUUAAACUUUAUAGUGUUCGUAUCAUUCGAUAAGGAAUGAUAACUAAAUUGUCCUUUGCCUCCAAUCAAAUGUUGCCAUAUGGAGAAAAAUCUACCAAAGAAAAAAAUCAAAUAGAUGGAGUCAUGCCAAAACAAUACCUAAUGCCAAAAUUAAUUUUCAACAAAAAUAUCAAAGAAAAAUAUUUUUAACCAUUCAUAUUUUAAAGAAAAUAGAUUAUUGUUAUUAUAUAUUACACUAUUGACAUUAAACAUUCUUUAAAUUACGUACAACACUCUGAUAUGUUUUUUGAAUAACAUUCAAAAUAGGGCCAAUAAAAUAAGCAUUUAAACCUUUUUUAAUAUCAGCACCAUCUGCUUUUUUUUAUAUUUCUGUCACUUUUAAUCCAAAAUGCCUAUAAUUUCAUGUCAUUGUAUUAGAUCAUUUACAAUAGUUCUAAAUAAAACUGAUGAAAUUAGUUAUGUACCUAAAGAAAUUGAAAAAAAUAAUACAUUCUCUUAUAACUUUAUAAAUACUAUUUAUGAAAAAUAUAUGUGUCAUGUCAAUGUGUAAAUUGGGUUAAUUAUACAAAUUUAUCGAAUUUGUAUAUUUUAGUAAAGUUUUAGUAAAAAUGUCAUAAAUAGGGACGUAACAAAAUCACUAACAAGUUCGCUCACGGGUCUAAUGUUAAUAAAUAUAGGCAAUUAAUUAAUGUAAAAAGUACUCAAAUAUGAAAUAAUUUAUUAAAAUUCUAAACUAUUCUCAAUUAACAUCGAAUUUGGAUCUGUGUCGGUGCACAGAAAUUAAUUUUUAAUAAUUUUGAAUAUUAGUAAAACGCACAUUAUUAAUUAGUAUUUUUUAGCUUUCAGAUCAGUAUUAUCUUUUUUUUCAGUAAUAAAGUUCUGAAAAAACUGCCAUUAGUUUUCUUGUAUUGUUUAGUUAGUGUCCAAAUUAUUAGAAAAGGCAAACGUCGUAAUUGUCAAAUAGUUUAAUGUUCCAGUUCCAGUGUUCAAUUGCUUUAUGUAAAAAUAUGUAAUUAUUUCUUAAAGGAAAUGAAUAUUUUGAUAAAAAUACUGAAUGCACAGCCAAAUACAAUUUUUGAUGUAAAGGUAAGGUUAGAAUGGCGAUUGCAUUUAUUCUGUACAUCAAUUUAUUUAUCAUCAUGAGUGGUAUCUACGCAGUACAACUAUGAAACACUUUUAAUUCCAACACAAUGUAAACCUUUAUUAUUUUUUAUUAUCUAUAAGCGAAUAUAGACGUAAUAAACUUUAUGUGAUAUUCCUAGUCAAAUUUAUCGAUAAUUUUUAUAGCAUUUAUUUUUAUUCGUUAUUUAUUGUUAUUUUGUUAGUAAAUAUGUUUAUACGGAAUUCUCAACAUGUACCUAAGUAUUCCUACAAGACGCCAUACCUUGUCUAAUGCACGUAAUGUAAAGACUUGAUAGAAAUAAGAUUUAAGUGAUUGAAAUUAUU